AUGUUGCUGCUGCUGCAUCUGUGUUUUACCCUUGUCACAUCGGGUUCAUCCCUCUUGGCUUUGAGAGAGGACGUGUGCUAUGGCAAUGAGUACCAUUUGCCAACCUCUUUUUCACCCGGUCUGUACAACAAGACUAUUACAUACACUCCGAAUAACGGCUUACCAAAGAUUGUUGUCAACCAUGGGAAGUCACUGGACCCACGCUUCAAGAUUCUUCCCAGAUCCAUCGAGAUGAAUGGUGUAAUAGCACAGGACGAUGUUGCAGUAAUAUCCAGUGAAUCAAUGUACUUACGAGCUGUAAGACUGAGAGUUCAAAUUUGCCAUGUUCCUAGUAAAAAGCGCUAUGGGUCUUUUGUAAACUGGGAAUUCCCAUACAAAGCUGAAUAUUUAGAGUUUUUAAAGUAUAAUGGAUCAGGUCUCCCCGUCUCAGUUGAGGCCAGAGUCAUUUGGAAUAGCUCAGGCCCCUCGUAUGAAAGAGGAUACAUCAGCAACAAUGGCUUUCAGAUGGACCGCCUCACUCAGCAGGACAGUGGAUUCUACCACUUCAGAGGACCCCAGCAUCAUCUGCUGAAUUGGAUGCAAAUAGUAGUUGAACUGAAGUUUAAACACUUUGGGAACUACAAUGCACGCCCUCUGCCUGCUGACAACCGUUUCAAAAUCACAGACUUCACCUUUUCCAUUGGAGAUGCAACCACUGCAGAUGCUGGCACCUAUGAGUUUUAUGACAAGCAGGGGAAUUUAAUGCAGGUCUCAACCGUGGAGAUACGUGAAGUGGAGAAGGUUUGGGGAAGCUAUAUCAUUAUGGGUGCCAUUUCUGUGGGUUUGACGCUGUGCAGCUGCUGUGUGAAGUAUUGCUGCUGUAAUGAGAGCUCCAGUAAAACCGACGAGACCGAGGAUGAAGAAGCUGCAGCACCGGCUGUCUUCGAGCAUAAUCCAACCCGAUCGACUCAGACUGGGACUCCGCUUCUCCCCAGAGAGCCAAGACUCAUCAUUCCAGAUCCACCUUCAUACAGCAGUGACCAGGGCCCAGCGGAUCUACCACCAUCCUAUUCAGAGUGUGUUCCUCAGCCCAGUGCCUCACCAGUCCCUGCUUACUCCAGUCUGCCAAAAGACACCCCAGUUGCCGCUGCGCACAUAAGCAGCCCUCUGGGACCACCUGUCUCUGCAGCUGGAGUUCCAGGACCCACAUUUUCCUCUUCCACUAACUUUGAUUUAAUUGCCUCUGGCUCGGAACCAACGUUUGAAUUGAGUGGGUCGACCUUCGCGUCUGCUCCGCCUCUCAGCUCUGAAGGAUCUACCUCUGCAGAAUAUAACUCAGACAAGCUCAACUUCUUAUAG